GAAUUCGUCCCCCGCACCCACAUCUCCUCCGUUCCCUUCUCCCAUCUCUUCUUCCUCUUUAUAUAGCCUAACACCUCAUCUCCUUACCACCCCCAAAAGCAGCUCUCCCUCGCUCGCUACCACUACUCAUCAGCAGCUAACCUCCUCCCCCUCUCCCUCCUCCUCCAGAUACUACUUCUAGAGAGAGAAAGAGGGGCUUAGACCCAAGGGGUCAAGAGAGGAAAGCAAUUAAGCAAGAAGAGGCGGAUUAGAGGCGAGCUUCCUAUUUUCAGCAAAGGCAAGGAGCUAGCUAGGCGAGAGAGAGAGAGAGGAGGAGGAGCUGCGGAGGCUUUCUUUGCGGUGCACUCUCGCUCUUCUUGAUGGGUGGUGGUUGCUGCCUCGCAUGGCUGGGUUCUCUCUGAGAGGCAGCGGAGGAGGAGGUGGGAGAGGCGGAGACCGCGCCGGCGAUCACCCGAUCGGCGCCGACAGCCUGUUCCUGUACGCGCGCGGGGCGGCCGCCGCGGCCGCCGACACGGCGGCCAGCGGCGGCGGGGGCGGGGGGAUAGGGUUCCAGCUAUGGCACCCGCACCAGCAGGCGGCGGCGGCGGCCGCGCCGCACACGUCGCAGUUCUUCUCCUCCGGCGUGGCGACGGGAGUCGUGCUGGGGUUCUCCUCGCAUGAUGGCAGCGGUGGGAUCGGCGGCCCCGGCGGCGGAGGCGCGGGGGGCGGCAGGGCGGGGACGAGCUGCCAGGACUGCGGCAACAACGCCAAGAAAGACUGCGCCCACAUGCGGUGCCGGACCUGCUGCCGGAGCCGCGGGUUCAGCUGCCCGACCCACGUCAAGAGCACCUGGGUCCCCGCCGCCAAGCGCCGCGAGCGCCAGCAGCAGCUCGCCGCGCUCUUCCGCGGCGCCGCGAACAACAACAGCGCCAGCGCCGCCGCCGCCGCGGCCGCGGCCGCGAGCAAGCGGCCGCGCGAGCUCGUCCGGUCCCUCGGCCGCUUGCCGUCGGCCAAUUCCGCUAUGGUCACCACCACUACUUCCUCAGGCGACGGCAGCGGUGGGAGGUUCCCGCCGGAGCUGAGCGUGGAGGCGGUGUUCCGGUGCGUGCGGAUCGGCCCGGUGGACGAGCCGGACGCGGAGCUCGCGUACCAGACGGCGGUGAGCAUCGGCGGGCACACUUUCAAGGGGAUCCUGCGUGACCACGGGCCGGCGGAUGACGCGGCGGUGGGCCAGCUGCCGCCGUCCUCGGCGGAGUACCACCAGCUGACGGGGCACGCGAGGGAAGGGUCGUCGCCGGCGGGGAGCAGCGAGGCGGCGGCAACGGUGGCGACGUCCGCGGCGGUGCUGAUGGACCCGUACCCGACGCCGAUCGGCGCCUUCGCCGCAGGCACCCAGUUCUUCCCUCAUAACCCUAGAACCUAGCUUAAUUAGCUAGCUGCUGCUUCAAUUCCUAUCCUAGCUUAAUUCCUUGAUGGUUUCAUUUACUUCCAAAGAUGAUGAGCAUGAGCUAAGUCGUCGUCGUGUCGUCAUGAUCAGCAAACAAAUUCGAGACAAGAAGAGAGAAGAGAUUUUAAUUGCUACUACUACUACUACUAUUACUCAUUCGAGUCGGUGAUCGAUGAACACUAAUGUGCGAUCAAUCGAGCAUAAUGUUGUUAGCUAGAGCUAGUACUACUUCUACUUGUUGGUCAAUCUUAUUUCGAGCUUAUAAGUUAGCCGGCCACCUUAAUGCAAUGCAAAGAGAAGAAUUUAAGUGUA